AUGCCAGACAGAAAGAUAACCUACUGCAUAUGCCAGACACAGAAAGAUCACCUACUGCAUAUUCCAGACACAGAAAGAUCACCUACUGCAUACGCCAGACACAGAAAGAUCACCUACUGCAUAAGUCAGACAGAAAGAUCACCUAGUGCAUAUGUCAGACAUAGAAAGAUCACCUACUGCAUAUGCCAGACACAGAAAGAUCACUUACUGCAUAAAUCAGACAGAAAGAUAACCUACUGCAUGCGCCAGACACAGAAAGAUCACCUACUGCAUACGCCAGACACAGAAAGAUCACCUACUGCAUAUGCCAGACACAGGAAGAUCACCUACUGCAUAUGCCAGACACAGAAAGAUCACCUACUGCAUACGCCAGACACAGAAAGAUCACCUACUGCAUACGCCAGACACAGGAAGAUCACCUACGGCAUACGCCAGACACAGAAAGAUCACCUACUGCAUAUGCCAGACACAGGAAGAUCACCUACGGCAUACGCCAGACACAGAAAGAUCACCUGCUGCAUACGCCAGACACAGAAAGAUCACCUACUGCAUACGCCAGAUACAGAAAGAUCACCUACUGCACACGCCAGACACAGAAAGAUCACCUACUGCAUAUGCCAGACACAGAAAGAUCACCUACUGCACACGCCAGACACAGAAAGAUCACCUACUGCAUAUGCCAGACACAGAAAGAUCACCUACUGCACACGCCAGACACAGAAAGAUCACCUACUGCACACGCCAGACACAGAAAGAUCACCUACUGCACACGCCAGACACAGAAAGAUCACCUACUGCACACGCCAGACACAGAAAGAUCACCUACUGCAUACACCAGACAGAAAGAUCACCUACUGCAUACGCCAGACACAGAAAGAUCACCUACUGCAUACGCCAGACACAGAAAGAUCACCUACGGCAUUUGCCAGACACAGAAAGAUCACCUACUGCAUGUGACUUUAGAUUUACUCUUCACUAUGUAGGGAUCAUUCAGCUGGUUCAAGGAAUUAAUGCAUAUAGUCACCAAAGGCUGUUAAAGUUAUAUACUUUUAUUUAUUUUAAAACAGUAUAUUUCAUUUAAAAAAUGGUAUCUUUAAUUGCAGAUUAAAGUUCCAACAUCUUUUCUCUCUUACUAAUCAAAUAUGAUUGAUAAUGAAAAAAAAGCAAAGAAAAAAUGCCAAAUAAAAUGAUCCCUGACUUGUGGGCAGUUGCGGUGGAUGGAGCUGUGAGAGCAGCAGGGCGCUCUGGUUUCUGCUGGUGCCCCCUCGGUCCUCACGUGGCAUUCCCUGCAGCGCGAUGAAGUGUAACCUUAACACCCAUGUGGGGCAGAGGGUAAUUGUCCACCUGUAAAGGUAACCAAAUAGAUCAGGAAAAACUCCCCACACCCUGUGCAGGACAGUCAGCAGCUUCUCUGUUUUCCAGUUCAUAUUAUGUUGUGCCCCCACUUUCUAUCUCCAGCUGGUUCCCCAUACACUGUAGUUUAUGAAGAUGAUUUUUUUUAACCAGGCCAGAAAAAUGGGAAUGAAUUUAGAGAAGCUUGCUUCUCCAGAAACUUGACACCCAUGCAUGCCCAGAAACCCAGUCGACCACAAAAGGCGGUGACCUCUCUUCAUUCUCUCUCCAGGACUCCCAGACCUCACCCCGGGCUUUCUCUCACUUGGUAUCAGCUCAGAGUCUGGGUCCUAGGAAUCAUAGAAGCGGUUAGCAAUGAAUGGCAAAUGCUAGACUCAACACUUUACAUUCUAAAGUGUAAGACCAUCCUGGGCACUGCAGGCUCCCUGGGGCAGGCGUCACCCGUGUGUCACCCCUGUAAGUGAAUCCACGCUUCUCCAAGUGUAGUGUGUUCACUUGUCUCUUCUAAAAUAAAUGAGGUGGCUGUUGUGGCAUAGCUCCUGGCGGCCUUCAGUAGGGAGUCUGAAGUCACCAAACGCCAGCUCAUGGGUGGUGUAAGCUGUGGCAGCAUGACAGUAGUCCCUGGGCAGUGUCUUGUCCAGCCUGUGAUUAUUUGAAAGGCAUGUUUGCCACUUUCCCUCUUUCACAUUGAGGCGUGCACUUCAACUAAGACCAUCUUGUUUGCUUUAUUUGAAAGCGAAAGAGCAGAGUCCACGGCCUCAUUCAGUUCCCAUUACACAGCUUCCUGGUCCUGCUCCUGGUAACGUGGUUCCAAUGCCUGUAGUGGUGACUCACACGCACUCUCACCUCCACAGCAGGGCUAGUGGCUGGGCAGAGCCCAUGCACAGAGGAAGGCCCUCUGACUGCAUACAGCACCCCUCCCUCUCCCAGGGCUCAAGGAUGCUUCUGUGGCACCCUCCAGGGACGCCUACCAGAACCCUGCCUCAUAGCACAGAGAAGCUGUGGCCAGGCCGAGGAGCCCCUCCCAGGGGGCCUCAAGGACACCACGGCCUGAUCCUUGUCACCAUACCUUUCUGCCCAUGUGGGCUUGGCCCGUGGGCUGAGAGAAAUGAGACCAAAGGGAGCGAGAUAAGGUUCUUUGUUUCUCUCCUCCAGGGUCUGGGUGAAAAUCAGUAUGCCGCCUGUGUACUUGGAGAGCUACCAAAAGGACACCAUGAGAUUAGCCUGGGUGGUGGGUUGGUUUUGGCUUUUUAAACUUAAAGUAUUUGAGAAAAGAAACGCAGUUGCUCUCCCUUUAUGCUGAAUUUUCAUGUCACUAAGGCCUUUUACUCAUGAAAUCAGGCCAAAUAAGUAUUCAAAAUCUUACUUGCUUUAGUGAGAAAUAGGCAGGAUGAAACAAAGAUGGGGAGAUGAUUCAAGAAAGGGGUCAUUGACAUUUAGUGAUGGUUUUUAGUUGCUUAUACAGUAGUAGUGCUGAGGCAUUGUUGAUGUCAACCAGCUCUAGGUGUUCAGAUUAAAUCAGCUUUCUGAAGUUAGGGAAACCAUAAUCAGGAGUGGUUCUCUUUGGAUGGUCUUAUAAAAUUGUUGUAUAAGUUUUUUCAACUAGUAUGACAGUCACUAUUUACGCCUAUGGCUUGAUUCCAGCAGAGAUUUUAACACAAUGACCUGUUUUCCCUCCACAAAGUGACAGGAGUAGCAGCCACCCCAUGCUCAGCCAUAGAAUACUAAGAUACUGAUGCCUGCAGAUGAGUUCUCAAGUGGAAGACCCCACUGGAACCAGAAAACUAGAGGAUUCCCUAAAAUUAUCUGUCACUUGGGGUUGCCAUUUUAAUUUUCAUUUCAAAAAUGGAUGCCCUUGAAAAGAAAUAAUUUAUUGAUAUAAUAAAAGUAAUCAUGGAGCUUUGAAAUAAUUAAGUCCCUCUUGCUAAAAUCUAAGACCACCUCAACAUGUACCAUUGAUUCCUAAAAAGUAUGCAGCCAGUGUGAUGAGUGGAGGUGUCCUGCCUUAGGGCAGCAGCUUGGCCUUUGCAGCAGGAAACCCCAGUUAGCACAGGCUGUCCUCGCCACCUCUGCAUGCCUCGCCCCAGGCCCUCUUGCCAGCUCGUCCGCACAGGCAGGUGAUGGGAUGACAGUGUCGGCAUGUGGAUCAGCCACGUCAGCCGGAUAUUGCAAAUUCAAACAUCUGGGGGAAAGUAAAUACAAUUGGAUUUGAAAACUACGUUGAAAUGAAAGGAUAAUCUUUAUUAUAAUUUCACAUCCGAUGUGUUCAGCCAGCUAAACUAGGCGUUAACUCCUUUAACAUGUAAAUAAAAGAUAAUGUCAAAGUUCACAAAUUAUUCUGCCUCGCUCCUCAUGGCAGUUUAGCAUUUACUAGUGACAGGUGGUUUUUAAGCAGUUUGUACAUUUCUAUAAAAAUGGAGAAGCCAUAUCUGAAGUAGUUCAUUAACGUAAGAGUUUCCAAAGAUUAAAGGAGAUUAACUGUAUAUAGGAACCUAUAGCUUCUGCUUUAAGUGGAAGUACGUUUUUGAUUACUGAAUGAAUGCUGGGCAAACAUGAUUGUUACUUACUCCAGGGGGCCUCCUGUGGCCUAGGUGUUCAGCUCAGAUGACACACAUCUAGCUGAGGCCUUGAGGCUCUGUGACAAGAAAGCAUAUCCAAGUUACCAAAUUAGUUAUAACAACCAGGUGGAUACUUUUCUAAACUAUCAGAGCUUAGCUUUUGAAUAAAAAUUACUGUCUUACCAAAAGUAUUUUACAUGUUCUUGAUAAUGAGACUGUCAUUUUCACUUUAAAAGGCUUGAGCAGUUGCCACUCAUGUUUUUUUUUAAAUGCAUGACAUAAUGGUCUUCAUACAAUAUGAAUUUUUUAAAAAAUCACUGUUUCUUGUUAACUGCAAAUUUUACAUCUCAUAAGGGGAAUUUUGUACUAAAUUUGAUAACUAGUUGAUUUCAUUGCUAGUCUUAGAACAGUAUAAAACCAUCAAGUUACACUGUGCUGUGGGAAGUCAUUUAUGUUUAAAAUCACUUUUGCCGGUUAGUUUUAUGUUUAUACCUGAACAUUUCCCAGAGAACUCCCCGGAUGCGCUCACUGAGCAGGUGAGCUGCUCAUCCUCCCAUGCAGUGUUUGUUUUUGCCCCCUGGAUUGCCAUGGCAACCCUCCAUCAGAUGCAGCUGGGGAUGACGCUGGUAGUGAGUUCUCUAGGGAAGGGUACCUGUGGGCUCUCACUGGCUCAGUGGCACCUGUGCAAGAGGGAACACAUGGGAGCAGCCCACCUGUGGAAGGGUGGCUGGCUGCUACCAGAACUUGGUGAGAUCCCUCCCUCAUAACAUUCCAGCCCUGACUGCCAGGCUGCUCUGUAGACAGUGCAUGAACCCAUUGGAUUACCUGGCACCCAGAACAACUGUCCUCCAGGAGACAGCAGACCAGAACAGCCUUCCUAGCCAGCUGGCUUUGCUACAUGUUGAAUUCUGCAAGGAAAGUCAGCAUUUUGAAUUUGAUGUGAUUACAGCUCUUGCUAAUACAGAAAAGUCCAGCUCUUUGAAGCUCUGAAGUGCAACUUUAAUAGAGUAGUAAUAUUUCUUUUUCCACUUCAUUUGCUAUGUAAGGGAAUCUUUGAACCACAAGUUAUGAUAGAACCCCAGAAGACAUGAGCGACAUGAAACCAUUCACUUGGAAAAGGUUUUCUUCCACUUAGAUACAGCGCUGCUUUUAGGAACGCACAACUCACAGCCCCACGCAGCAUGUGUCCAUCUCUGUGCUUCUUAAUUGCCUUGUUCAGAAACCUGCCAUCUUACGUAUGUAUUUGUUGUAAAUGAGUCCGGCACCCAUUUAAAUUAAUCUUUUUUUUAAUGUUAUGAAAAUGAUCAGUUCAUUUCAUCUUAGUUUAAGUCUUUUCUUUUUCCUUUUUUACUGCCGUCAUUUCUUGUGCUUGUUUUUUCCCCAGUGAGGGUUGUCGAAGAGAAAAUACAAUGAAGAAUGUUGGAAGUCGCAAAUAUGCAUUUAAUUCCCUGCAGCUGAAGGCUUUCCCCAAGCAUUACAGGCCUCCCGAAGGGACUUACGGAAAAGUUGAAACGUGAACACACGGUUUCCUCUAAUUAGCUGUUACAUAAUAAAUGUGGGUACCCUCUAGUGUCAUAUAUGAAUUCUUCAAGAAGACCUGAAGGAUUGGUUUUUAUUUUUUGUGUUUUUUUUAAAAAAAAACAUUUCACUAAAGAGUCUCUGGAGCAUGUUUUUUGUUUUUUGGGUUUUUUUCCCAUUGGAAUCAAUAGGAGGUAAUGUUUGGCUCAAUAGUGUGGAUAGUAACAACUGCCCAUUUAAAUAGCCUUUGGCUGUAACUACACAGAUCUCAUCAAUAGUUACCUACAUGAAUCAAGCUAGGUUUGUCUGAAAUGCUAGAAGACUUUUUCAAAUGCCUGCUUGCUCACUUAUUUUUCUACAGAGUAACUCAAAAGUGACCAUUGAAUUACAAUCCACUUUGUAAAAAUCUGAAUGUAAAACAGUAAAUAAUAAAUUAAAUAAUUGGAUCCUAGGCAGACCAAUAAAUGUUAUUUGGGGAAAGAAGCUAGCACUAUCUCAUGCAGUGAGAAUAACGGGUUCUAGUGAAUUAUCCUAUCUACACCACCACCUGAAGAAGUUGAAAGAAAGAUUGAUAAAUCAAUGGGAGAUAAGACUUUAUUAGAAGGUAACACCUGCAAGGUACCCCACACAGUUGGGGCCACUCUUUUGUCUGUCCCUCAUGAAUUACAGAACAGGGAGUCUGCUGGAGACACAAAGCCAGCAGUAAGGUCCCUUUAGCCUGCCUCCUGUUUUCUGAAGCGCCCUGCCUAGGCUCCCCCAUGCCCAGAGGACACAUCUCCCCUUCUUCUCUAGAUGUUAAUCUAGGGCUUCAGAUGUGGCAUGUCAACACUCCCAUGGGGAAUUUAUGACCAUGGAGAUAGUAGAAACCUAAAUAUUUUAGGAAAACAAUUUUUUUUUGCAGGAUUUCCAGUUUAUCUUUGAAAAGACAAUACAAUCAUGUUUGAAUGUCUGAUAAAGUGUCUUAUUUUUAGGUUUGCAAUAAUUGUAACUUUCUUAUUCUCAUUCUUAUGUAAGAUGACUAUUGAGAAACAGUUGAAAUUAUUCUCCUCAAAUGAGAUUUUGAAAGGGAUUUAUGGGCCAUAAAACUUAGGAAUUUUGUAGAAAAUUUUGUCUGGUCAUCUUUUAUAAGAUGAUGAUGAGUCUUAUCUGCACAUAGCAGAGUUUGUUUCUUAGGAGUUUAUAUGUUUUAUUGAUUGUUUAUGAUGUUUACAUGUUCUUGAAAAGGUUGUAAAAGAAGUAUAUAUGGCACAUAUUAAUGAUGCUGAUCCUAAUGAUUUGUGAACCUCUUAGAAAUUCUUAUGUCUAAAAGCCUAGAGAUUCUUCUGGUUCCUUUAGAAAUAUGUAACAAACUUGGGCCAGGGGUGCUGAGGCAUGGGGAGGACUGCUUAUUGGCAGGAACACAGAGGGGGUGGGCAUCAGGUAGGGGUGGAACUGGAUGACCUUCCAGACCCCCUCCUACUCAAGUCAGCAUGCAAGCAGCACCUGCUGUCUCCCAAUGCCUGCAGGGAGGAAAAUGUCUGUGAAGGACACUUUAAUGAAGGAUGAAGCUCUCUGCUGCUCCCUCAAAGCUGGGUUCACUGUGGCAGGCAGGAGGCAGAGAAACUCCUGCCCGCCAAACCCACCGCACGGGUGGCUGCUGCUGGUGUCAGAUUCUCCUUUUUAAGUGUCAAUUUCUGUUCACAGUUUUCAAUAUGGCUGAUUUACCCUUUCACCUCUCCACCAUCUCAUUUAACUUGCAAAUGUUUAGUUCCGUCUUUUCUCAUUUUAACUUUAAAAAAAUCUCCUUGCUUUUUAAAAAUAAAUAUUACCCACAUAGUUUUCAGAUCUUUUUUGUCUGGAGAGCAUUAAAUAUCUGCACUCAUCAAAGGGAAUAUAGCAAACGUUGAUCAUCUGUCAGCAGUUUUGCAUGUAGCACCUUUAUAUGAAUUAUUUUCCCAAUUUUUGCUUUAUGUAAUGGGUCACCAUAAAACUGUAAGACUUGGCAAAUGCUAUAGAAAAGGUUCAGGUUUCAGUAUUCUCUCUGAAGGCAUCGUUCCUGGGCUUCCAGCGGCAUCACACACUUCCAGCGCCUGCAGGGUGAGGGAGUGUUGCACAGCCUUGGAGGCAAGCAGCUCCUCUCUUCUGUGGGAGCUUUUGAGUUUUCAGAGGCGCAGGGAAGGCAGUUUUACAGGUUACCGUAAAAUAAGAGGUUCCGUCCGGUGUUCCUUAUAAUGCCUCCCCAUUUAAAAAGAAAAGAGAUCUAUGGAAAACUGGGAAUGUAAUGUGGAUUCUGUCAGAGCUCCUACAGAGCACAGUUGCCUUUAGUUUCCUUUAAAGAUGUAAAAAUAUUGUAUAAUAGUUUUGUCCCUACACAAUUGUAUUUGCCAAGCUUAGUGCAUUAUGAUACCUUUAUUUAUUUGUUUUGGGCAGUAUUUAUAUAUAUAUAUAAACAUACAGUUACUGUUUUAUAUAUUCUUAGGUCAUUCAAAGCCAUGUAUGCUGUAAAUGUGCUAGUCUUUAGAAUGACACAUAAUAAAUAACUGACAAGAUAUUAAAUGUGGUCUUGCCUGAUUCAUCCUAUUAGGAGGACUAGUUCUAUGUCACCAGCCUGUGAACGGACCAUUGUUGUUGGGCAUUGCGUUGAGUGCUCGGGUGCUGAAUACAUAUGUUUGUAAACAUGGGACCAUGGGAGACUUCCAUUUUAGAAGCUUGUUUCUGCCUAAUUUGAAGCAGGGGGCAACGGGGUUGAAGUUAAGAGCAUGGACUUUGGGAGCAGACAGACCAGGUCCCAAUCCUGGUUCUGCCCCUCACUGGCUGGUGACUCUGAGCAAGUUGCUUGACCUCUCCAAGCCUCCGUUUCUUCAUGUGCAAAGUGUGGACAACAACAGUACCUUCCUCAUAAGGAACGUGCGAUGAGCCUCAGAAGUACGUGUUCAUAAAUGGUAGCCAUUGUUGUUACCUUCCCGUCCGUGAACAUGGAUCACAUCAUCUCUGUGGGUAGCCCAGUCCUCGCUGUAUGACUUGUCAAAAUGCAGUUCCACUUGUAUUAAUAUUGACCCUGUUCAUUGUCACCAGGACUGCAUCUUGCACCACUGUGCCGUCUUCUAGGCACACACGACCCGUUAUCUCCCUUGGAAAAACCCCUGUCACUGGAAAUGUACAAUUAAAGGAUGAUUGAAAUGUUUAA